UAUAUUCUAUAAAUAUUCAAUCAUAUGCUAUACUUGUGCGUGUUUCUAUAUCAUCCAAAUGGAUGAAUCAUGGAAGAAUAUUAAAGUUAUGCAAAUUCAUCAUUUUCAAUUAGCGAAGCGAAAUGCAUAAUAAUUAUAUGGAACAGUUCCAUAAUUUGGGCGGAAAAACGUUGGGAGAGCAUCAGCGUAAUUUCCGUAAAUAUUGUGUAACCGUUUCAGGUUUACCGAAAGCUGAGAUUGACACUCUGCUAGAGGCUAUUAAUCCGAAAAAUCACCAGGAAGAGAUAUUCUACACGAAGUUAUUGCUUCAGUUUCAUAAGUACGAGAAAAUUCUGCAUGUUUUUACGAAUUGCAACAAGGUUUUGAAUCGGAUCAUCGUGAAGGAUAGAAAGUUUAUUGGAUUUAUUGCUUCGAUUGGAGCGACUGCAUUUGUCGAUGAACUUUGUCCGAAGAUAUCGUACGUUGAUAGAAGUAUAGUAAUUAAUAAAUUGGGUUUGUUUUUGGAGAACGGCGAUGAUUUCUUUGAGGCGGUUAAAGAGAAGUAUGGAUUGGCCGCUGCAAUGAGAUUACUUCCGACGUGCAAUGAAGAACUUAUCAAGCAGCAUAUUGCCGAUUAUAACAUUGAUUUUAGAGACCGCGAGCUGAUCAGGUUGCAUAAAAAGUAUCCAAACUUUUUGAAGUAUUACUUCGAAAUAGAUGAAAACAAGCAACUGAACCAUAAAAUUAUGCUUGUCAAUUAUUUAGUUAAUAACAAUAUGGAUACGUUGAUGACUCUUACUUCAGAUUUUACAUAUCGUAGGUUAGGUAGAAAGGGAUUCCUCAAGCUCUUGCGACACGACAAGAAGUUUGUUAUUGAACAUCCCAGCGAUUUUAACAGAUACAAAAGUUGUAUUUAUCGACAUUUGAAUGAAGCAGAUUAUAGGAAAUACCUGAAGAAUUUAUUUCCAAAAAAUAUCGAGAAGCUGUAUUGGCUGAGUGAAAUUUUGAACAGCUUCAAAUUUUUACCAAUCGAUAAACGGUGCCAACUAUUCUGCGAUAUUUACAAGGAGCUUUAUGACGUCGAAUACACGACUUUCAAUUUCAAUUUGAUGGAGAUUAUCAGAGCCGAGGAUCGUCUGAAGUUUGAUUUAAAAGAAAAUUGGGAGUUUUAUCCGGUGAAGGAGGCUUUCGAGCAGAUCAAGUAUAGGAUCGAUUUGUCGCACGAAAUCAAUGCGAGGAACACAUUGUUGGAGUCGUUGGUUAGAGCGUGCAAAAUUAAUAAAGAUAAAGAUGCUCUAUUGGAAGUCUUGAAAUACUUUUGCUCCAAACAUAAAAACGACUCUAUCGAAGUUAGGAAAGAUUUUUUAAAGAAAUUUGAUCAGCAACAAUGAUUUGCUCAAACUAAGCG